AUGCUGUGGAACGGGUUCAAAAAAGCCAUCAAUCGGGCUGGCACCCAGGUGCUUGUGCUGACAGGGAACGUUGAUAAAACCGUUGACAAUGAGUUUGAUUUCAGCGAAAAGCGGCUACGUCUGAUGCAGCACAUCCUGGGAAAGUUGGAAACCCACACACGGAGUUACCUUCACCAGUUGGAAGUGAUUUACCAGGCAAACACCAACCUUUCCAAGGCAUUCCUGCUGUUCUAUGGCGUAAAUCCCGCUGAGGAUGUCGAAAACUUGGGCAAAGACGCUCCUGUGCACAAUAUAUCCCAGGCCUAUCAAAUUACCCUUGGCCAGGACAAGAACCAUGCGGAAUCCCUUCAGUCAUCAUACUAUCAAUCGGUUGUGAAUCCGGUGAAAAGGUUCAACAGCUACUACUCCGAACUCAAUAAAGCGAUCAGCAAGCGUAACCGCAAGCUCUUGGAUUACGAUGCUUUGCGUUCCAAGUUGAACAAAUUGGAAGCUAAGGAAGACAAUGAGAAUCAUGAAGAUCACACUAAAAUUGACUCAUUACAAGAACAGUUUACAGAAGCCGAGGAGGUGUUUGAUGAGAUCAACACUCGACUCAAGGAGCAGCUCCCAAAGUUCAUGAGCCACAGAGCGGGCUAUUUCGACCCUCUGUUCGAAGCAUUUGUCAAACUCCAAUGGGACUAUUUUGACCAGCGGCAAGUUGCUUUAUCACCGCUUGUGAAGAACAUGGACGCCCAAAGUCGACAAGAUUUGGAAGAGGGUCGAGCCAAUCAUCGACUCGAUGUUGUCAUGGACAAGAUGAAGCAAUUGAUGGUUUAA